CCGUUUUCUCGGGCCGGGCGAGGUUCUGGCACAGCCCAGCCGGUUCCUUCGAGGUUUGGCAGCGCCGCUUAAAGGCGAGAGGCGCGCUCCUAUUGGGGCGACGUCCUGGCCUAUCAAAGCCCCAACCGCCCUCCCCGACUGCAAAGAGAUCCAGGGAACUUGCAGUUGCCCGCACAGGAGCUGCGCGCGAGGUUGCAUCCCUCCUCCCCCACCGCCAGCUUGUCUGCCGCCUCGGUUGCUCGCGCGCUCCCUCAGGGUGCUGCUUGCUGGCGCGAGCCUCCCUCGUGCGCUCUGGCGGCGAGUUCCAGUUCGCACUAAGCGCCGACACCUAGCCCUGAGGAGCAGAGCCCCCCGCGAAGGCGGGACGAAAAAAGGCGGCUGGGCUGCCCGGGUUUCGCCGAACCAGGAGACGCGCCAGCCCUUCUUCGGAGACCAUUCGGGAGCGGAACGCCAACCCGCGCGACGCCUCUUUUGCUUCCCUUCGCCAUGGGGCUUCCCCUGCUGCUGGGUCUGCUGCUUUCCCAAGUCGGUAAAUUUGGGGCUGCGGGAUUGCCUUCCCUCGUCCCCUUCACGCACGGAGGUUUCCAGGUUAUGUCCUUUGAGCAGCCAAACAACUGCGUAGAAGCUGAGACCCUUUGUCUAGCUGAGCCUUCCUGCAGUGCCACCUAUCAGAUCCUGCGAAACUGUUCCCAGCAUCUUUCUAAGAAUAGUUACAUCUUCCUGUACCAAGAAGCCAACAACAGAUGCACAGAGGCACAAAUAAAAAUGAGAAAUGGCCAUUUUCAGCACUGCAAAUGUCACCGACGUGCACAGAAGAAGGAAGAGCAGUGCUUGCAAAUCUACCGGGCUCUUCAUUCAACUUUAACACAAGGUUCCCCUAGAGCGAAAGAUAGCCCAAAUUCCUGCCUGCUUGCUGCUAAUAUUUGCCAAAUGGACCACAAAUGCAUGCGUCACCGCUCACACUACGCUCAGGCCUGCAGCCCAGGAUACCCCUGUGACCAACACAAAUGCCACCAAAGUCUGAGACGCUUCUUUGAGAAGGUUAAUGCGGAUUUCACCAAGAGGCUCCUGUUUUGUCCUUGCCAAGAUGAAGCUUGUGGGGAACGACGCUGGAAAACCAUUGUCCCAGAAUGUUCUUUCCUCAGCAGCAGCAGCAAGCCUAAUUGCCUCUUCUUGCUGGAUACCUGCCUCAAGGAUAAAAUCUGCAGAUCCCGGCUGACUGAUUUCCAAGAAAAAUGCAAAUCGUUACAGACAUUCACAGAUGGCUGCUCUCCAUCGAAUCAUGCAGCAUGUCUGCAAGCUUACAUGAAGAUGAUUGGUACAUCUUUGACCCCCAAUUAUGUGAGCAAUUCGAGUACUGAGAUCACACUUUGGUGCUCCUGCAAAAACAGUGGCAAUUAUAAAGAGGACUGUGAUCAAAUCCUUAACUUAUUUUCCAGCAACAAAUGUCUCUAUAAUGCAAUCCAAGCUCAGAUGAAUCUUGGCCAAAAUAAUGAGGACCAGCCGCAGGACCAGCCGCAAUUCACCCCUUCCUUAGGCAUUCAUGGCACCAGCACAAUGUUCACGGAAAAACCGUGUCAGGAACCUAAGGUGAAGCAGGAGAAGAAAGAUUCAGAAAUUCUUACCCUCAAGCACAAAUCACCCCCAAAUUCUGAAUACCCCAGAGCUGGGUUUUCCUCACUCAUCUUGGUCUUAACCUUAGUCUUCUUAUUUCUUGGCCCACCUUAAUCUCACCUGAAUUUCAUUGCUACUAUUGUAUAUUUCCUUGAGAAGGGGAAACUGACUUGUUUCAUGCAGAGAGGAAGCAUUAGUCACUCUACAUUUGUUUCCCCUUCUGUCAGCACAGUGGCCCUUCGACUCAUUUUUGUACACAGUUGCAAUAGAAGCCAGGGGGAGAUGAUGGGGAGUUCAGAUUCCCCCUCCCCGGUGGAGAAAAAAGCAAGCAGAUAGGAGAUUCUAGGGAACUAUUUUUUAAAACCUAAAUCAGGGUAAAGUUUUCAUAUUCCAAGAUAUCCUGCUUUAAGAAGACAAAGAAAAACUGGUAGUCUCUAAAAUGAUGUGCAAUUUCUGGCCAAAGGAGCACCCCAAUGUCUGGACUGUUUUCAGGACUAUAUUGUAGAAUUGUCUUUUUUUUUUUUUUUAAUCAGCCAAAGCAAAAAUAUUACAUUAAAGGCAUGAUACUAAACUAUAGCCUCCGUACAUGGUUUUUUGUUUGCCCAACUAAUCUUAAUGUGUUAACUGUUCAGGGGAAAUUUAAUUCACUUGAGCCAAGAUGGAUUUAUGUAUUUUUUUCAAUAAAAUGGUUCUUAGCAACAGCUACAAAGUCCAGAUUUUCAUAAGAGCCUGCAUGCAAGCUAAGAUUUUAUGCACAACAGAUCCCUGGAUGCAUCAAAUGUUGUUUGCCAUGUUAACAUUCCCUUACAUACCUUUCUGUACAUUGUGUAAAAUUACAAGUUAUCCAUGAUCUGACAAUUGUGGGUGUAGAAACUGUGAUAUUAGAUGUUGUUUUUUUGAACCGCAAUGGUAUGUUGUUAAUGCUGUUUAUAGAUUACUUAUUUACAUUUCUUAUAUGGAUACUGCUAUGUGAAACCUUCAAGUUUUGAAAGAACUAUCAAGUAAAUCCAGUAAUUCUUCAUUGCAUCUCUUUUCUUAUUCUAAACAACUGGAAUGUUGUGGCUGUGAAGUUGCCUAUCAUAUGUGCAAGGAUUAAGGCUGUGCUGCAUUCCAUAGUGGUGUUUAUUCUAAAACAAAGUUGUAACAUAACAUAUAAUGUAAUAAAUUCUCUACAUUUUA